AUGGUGUCUGGUGUCCAGCUUGGCCCGGCCCCAGUGCCUUGCGCCUUUGGUGGGGCCGCGGGCGGGCGCCAUUCUGUAACCAUGCAGCUAGCCACGCUUCAGGCAAAGAAACCCACGAGAUGGGUGGAUGACGAUGGGCACUCGUCUCUGGUGUUGGGGAUUGGACUGGUACCAUCAAUUCCUCUAAACACGGAUCCCACAGUCAUUAUUUCUCAUGUCGUCGAGAAUACCCGGAAGGAGACAGACUUAGUUCCAGGUUGGUUCCGUGCUCAAGUCCAGCGGACACAGGCUAUCGGCGGUGUUCCUAAAGUUUACUGCGCAUCAACUCUACUCCAGAUGGUUGUCUCAAACGGAUGGAAUUCUAAUUGGAGAACGAAUGAUAAAUCAACCUUGGCAUCCGGAGGUUUUUUCCAAUUUCUUGUUCACGGCUGUGCCGUUGCCAACACCAUGACAGGAAUUGCAGGGCUGUCUACAACCUGGCUACGGCGAAACGCCUCACGCCAAAUCGACGAGUGUUGA